AUGUCUCUGUGGGGUCUGGUCUCCAAAAUGCCCCCAGAAAAACUGCAGCGGCUCUAUGUCGACUUUCCUCAACACCUGCGGCAUCUCCUGGGUGACUGGCUGGAGAACCAGCCCUGGGAAUUCCUUGUCGGCUCAGACACCUUCUGCUGCAACAUGGCCAGCGCCCUACUUUCUGCCACUGUCCAGAGCCUCCAGACCUCAGCCGGAGAGCAGGGGGAGGGGAGCACCAUCUUGCAACACAUCAGCACUCUGGAGAGCAUAUAUCAGAGGGACCCCCUGAAGCUGGUGGCCACUUGCCGACACAUACUUCAAGGUGAAAAAAAAGCUGUUAUGGAGCAGUUCCACCACCUGCCAAUGUCCUUCCACUGGAAGCAGGAGGAACUCAAGUUUAACACAGUCCUACGGAGGGUGCAGCACCGGGUCGGGGAGACCCGCCUUCUCCGGGAGGCCCUGCAGCCUGGAGCUGAGGCUGGCCAAGUGUCUCUGCACAGCUUGAUAGAAACGCCUGCCAAUGGGACUGGGCCAAGUGAGGCCCUGGUCACGCUGCUGCAGGAGACUGUUGGUGAGCUGGAAGCUGCUCAGGCCCUGGUGCUGAAGAGGAUCCAGAUAUGGAAGCGGCAACAGCAGCUGGCAGGGAAUGGUGCGCCCUUUGAGGAGAGCCUGGCUCCACUACAAGAGAGGUGUGAGAGCCUGGUGGACAUUUAUUCCCAGCUGCAGCAGGAGGUGGGGGCAGCUGGUGGGGAGCUUGAUCCCAAGACCCGGGCAGCGCUGAUUAGCCGACUGGAUGAAGUCCUGCGUACACUUGUCGCCAGCUCUUUCCUGGUGGAAAAGCAGCCCCCCCAGGUUCUGAAAACUCAGACCAAGUUCCAGGCCGGGGUUCGAUUCCUGCUGGGCCUGCGGUUCCUGGGGGCCCCAGCCAAGCCUCCGCUGGUCAGGGCCGACAUGGUCACGGAGAAGCAGGCGAGGGAGCUGAGCAUGCCCCAGGGGCCCGGAGCUGGAGCAGAAAGCACAGGGGAGAUCAUCAACAACACCGUGCCCCUGGAGAACAGCGUUCCUGGGAACUGCUGCUCCGCGCUGUUCAAGAACCUGCUUCUGAAGAAAAUCAAGCGGUGUGAGCGGAAGGGCACCGAAUCUGUCACCGAGGAGAAGUGUGCCGUGCUCUUCUCCACCAGCCUCACGCUCGGCCCCAACAAACUCCCCAUCCAGCUCCAGGCCCUGUCUCUGCCCCUGGUGGUCAUCGUCCAUGGCAACCAAGACAAUAACGCCAAGGCCACCAUCCUGUGGGACAAUGCCUUCUCUGAGAUGGACCGCGUGCCCUUUGUGGUGGCUGAGCGGGUGCCCUGGGAGAAGAUGUGUGAAACUCUGAACCUCAAGUUCAUGGCUGAAGUGGGGACCAGCCGGGGGUUACUCCCGGAGCACUUCCUCUUCCUGGCCCAGAAGAUCUUCAAUGACAACAGCCUCAGUAUGGAGGCCUUCCAGCACCGUUCCGUGUCCUGGUCACAGUUCAACAAGGAGAUCCUGCUGGGUCGUGGCUUCACCUUUUGGCAGUGGUUUGACGGUGUCCUGGAUCUCACCAAACGCUGUCUCCGGAGCUACUGGUCAGACCGGCUGAUCAUUGGCUUCAUCAGCAAACAGUACGUCACUAGCCUUCUCCUCAACGAGCCUGAUGGAACCUUCCUCCUUCGGUUCAGCGACUCAGAGAUUGGGGGCAUCACCAUUGCCCACGUCAUCCGCGGCCAGGAUGGCUCCCCACAGAUAGAGAACAUCCAGCCGUUCUCUGCCAAAGACCUGUCCAUUCGCUCACUUGGGGACCGAAUCCGGGACCUCGCUCAGCUCAAAAACCUCUACCCCAAGAAACCCAAGGAUGAGGCUUUUCGGAGCCACUACAAACCUGAGCAGAUGGGUAAGGAUGGCAGGGGUUAUGUCCCAGCUACAAUCAAGAUGACUGUGGAAAGGGACCAACCACUUCCCACCCCAGAGCCCCAAAUGCCUACCAUGGUGCCUUCUUACGAUCUUGGAAUGGCCCCUGACUCCUCCAUGAACCUGCAGCUCUGCCCAGAUAUGGUGCCCCAAGUGUACCCACCACGCUCUCACUCCAUCCCCUCAUAUCCAGCCCUCCCCGGGGAAGAAUCAGUCAAUAUGUUGCCAGCCUUCCAGGAACCUCACCUGCCGAUGCCUCCCAGUCUGAGCCAGAUGAGCCUGCCCUUUGACCAACCUCAUCCGCAGGGCCUGCUGCCGUGCCCGCCGCAGGAUCACGCCGUGUCCAGCCCCGAGCCCUUGCUCUGCUCAGACGUGGCCAUGGCAGAGGACAGCUGCCUGAGCCAGCCAGUGGGGGGGUUCCCUCAAGGCACCUGGGUCCGUGAAGACAUGUUCCCGCCCUUGUUGCCUCCGACGGAACAGGACCUAACCAAGCUUCUCUUGGAGGGACAAGGGGAGUCAGGGGGAGGGUCCUUGGGAGCCCAGCCCCUCCUGCAGCCCUCCCCCUACGGGCAGUCUGGGAUCUCAAUGUCCCACCUGGACCUAAGGGCUAACCCCAGCUGGUGA